AUGGCAUACGCCGACUACGUGAUUCUCAUAUGGAUGUUGCUACCCACUUUUGGACAUUCAAUAUGGACAGUAAUCCAUGGUGUUGUGUUCAAUGCUCUCCUACUCACAACACUAGUGGCACACACGAAAGCGAUGACGUCAGAUCCGGGAGUUGUACCCAUUUCACAGUCAAAAUCUCAAAAACCGUCUCCAAACGGUCAAGAAUAUUCAUCAGAUGAGGAGGAUGAAUCCGAUGAGGAAGCGGCCUUCCACAGUGAUCAUCGAUUCAAUCGACCAUCGGCAACCGAAUGGACAAUGUGUACACGAUGUGACUCGCUGCGACCACCGAGAGCACAUCAUUGUCGUGUCUGUAAACGGUGUAUACGAAAAAUGGAUCAUCAUUGUCCAUGGGUGAACAAUUGUGUGGGUGAAUACAAUCAAAAGUGGUUUCUCCAGUUCAUUUUCUACGUUGGCGCCGCAAGUCUCUACUCGUUAUUCAUCCUCUGCAUAUGCUGGGUGCAUCACGACGCCUACGGCUCGACGGGUAUCAAAAGUGUCCAUGGAGAGACCGCCUAUCAUGCGAAAGUCGUUCACUCGGUGAUGCUCGCUAUGGAAAGUGCACUAUUCGGCCUGUUUGUUCUCGCCGUUUCGUGUGAUCAGCUCGGAGCAAUCUUCACCGACGAGACGGCCGUGGAGGCGUGUCAACGACGGGGUCGCAAUUAUUUGGCCUCGUCGAGAAGGCCUCGGAAUAGUAAAGUGGCAAUGUUGAAACAAGUUUGUGGGCCCGGUCCAAAAAUCCUAUGGUUGGUUCCAUGUGUAAAUCCUCAAAAAGCGACGCCACGCUACCUUCGAACCCAUCAACAACUCGCUCAUUUCGAUGUCUGA